AUGGCAGCCAUCAAGGAGACUGUCUCCCACUUGAUCGAAAAGUUCCAAGGCCCCGCCGAGGAUGCGCCCCGCGAACCAUCCGCUGAAGAAUUGCAAGCGCUACAGAAGCAGUACGCUGACGCCGGACAAGGGCACGUGUUUACCUUCAUCGACGAAGUGAGUCCCGUCGAGAAGGCCCGGCUCUUCCACCAGCUGGCCAACUUCAACCCCACCCGCAUCAACGAGCUGGCUACCACCGCCCUCAACCCUCCCCCCACCACCGCCGAACAGACCGCCACCUCGCUGGAACCCCUUCCCGAUGUGGCGACUGCGUCGAUCCUCGACUCCAACCCCGCCGAUCUCCAGAAAUGGUAUGACGAGGGCUUGAAGCAGGUCUCCCAGAACACCGUGGCGGUCGUGCUCAUGGCCGGUGGGCAGGGCACCCGUCUGGGCAGCUCUGCGCCCAAGGGCUGCUUCGAUAUCGGGCUGCUCAGCCAGAAGUCCCUGUUCCAGUUGCAGGCGGAGCGGAUUGCGAAGCUGCAGUCCCUGGCGCAAAAGACUCAUGGCGUUGCGCAGUCGACGAUCCCCUGGUAUAUCAUGACCAGUGGGCCGACGCGGAAGCCUACAGAGGAGUUCUUUGCGAAAAACAAUUUCUUUGGCCUGGAGAAGAACAACGUGUUUGUCUUUGAGCAGGGCGUGCUCCCGUGUAUUUCUAACGAGGGCAAGAUUAUGAUGGAGAGCAAGACUAAGGUCAGUGUGAUCCUGUACAAUCCUAGCAAUCCUCUGACCCAUGGUUAUAGGUUGCCGUGGCUCCUGACGGCAACGGCGGUAUUUACCAAGCCCUCCUGA